AUGGGGCAAGUCUGCUAUAGGGAGCAUGAUGAAACACAAUUGCUCAAUUCUUCAGAUAUCAAAAAACCUGAAUCCAUUUAAGGAUCAAUGAACAAAUCUAAACGUAAUUCCACAUUCAAAUAAGAGCUAGCGGAGAUUGUAUACAAACGCAAAAUGUUUUAGAUAUGUCGGAUGAUCCUGAGUUUUAAAUGGAAAAUGAUGAAUUUCUCAGACUUUCAACUGUAUUCCAUAUUUUAUAUAAAACAGAAAAAUACACAAGAAAUGGAUGUUGGAGGUAAAAUAACUGAAAAAGACCUGAAUCCUGCUCCCUCAACGAAAGUCAACAUUGAUAGUUUUAGAUUGCUGAAGGUUUUGGGUAAAGGUUCUUUCGGUAAAGUUAUGCUUGUUUAAUACAAAUCUAAUGGUAUCUACCAAAUAAUCUUUAGGGAAGUAUUACGCAAUGAAAGUUCUUUAAAAAAAAAAUAUAUCAAAUGAAAAAUAAAAGAGACAUACUGAAACCGAGAGAAUCAUUUUAGCCACAUGUUCUAGUCCCUUCAUCGUAAAAUUGAGAUAUGCAUUUUAAUCACCCUACAAAUUGUAUUUGGUUGUUGAUUAUUUACCAGGAGGGGAACUCUUCUUCCAUCUAAGAAAAGUUGUUAGAUUUGAUGAAAUAAUUGCUAAAUUUUAUGCUGCCGAAAUUCUCUUAGGCUUAUAAUAUUUACAUGAAAUUAAUGUCAUUUAUAGAGAUCUAAAGCCAGAAAACAUAUUACUAGAUGAUAAAGGUCAUAUUAGAUUGACUGAUUUUGGUUUAUCUAAGAUCAUGCUAGAUGAAGAUAAAACAGCAUUUAGUCUAUGUGGAACUCCUGAAUAUUUAGCCCCUGAGAUAUUAACUGCAAGUAAUUAUACUCAAUGAUUAGAAACUGGAUAUGAUAAGACAUGUGAUUGGUGGAGUUUUGGUGCCUUACUUUAUGAAAUGCUAGUAGGAGCACCUCCUCAUUAUAGGGAUAAUAAGAAGGAAAUGAUAAGAAAAAUAUUGACUCAACCUAUUCCAUACCCACCAUUUUUAUCUGAAUCUGCCAAAUCGUUAUUGCAAUAAUUGCUGGUUGUUGACGUAUCAUAAAAAUAAAAUAAUUUUAGCCUAAAAAGAGAUUAGGAUUUUAUUAGGAUGGAUAUGAAAUCAUGUAGCAUGCCUUCUUUGAAACUAUCAAUUUCUAAGAGAUGGCUCUUUAAAAGGUAUAUUCAUGUUAUGGAGUAGGCAAAACCUCCCUACGAAUUUGAUAAAAAGGAAUUGAAGUAUUUUGACGAAGGACUAACGAAAUAAAUAGCAAAAGACACACCUGUAAAUGGAACUUUGAUACCUAAUUAAAAUUUUUCAAAUUUCACUUAUCAACCAAGUGUUGCAAAAUGAAAAUCAUGAAUUUUUUAAACAUUAAA